AAUUCAAAUUAAAAUAAACAUGAUAACGUAUAAUAUUUAAUUAGUUUUAAAAAGUAUGAUAUACCAUAUAAAGGGUUUAUAAUAAAAUAAUAAUGAUAAGAGAAAACUUCAGCUGACACAACAUUUUACGUAAUUUUUUUAAAUUUCCGUUUUACAAAUAAUUGGAAGAAAGCUUUUCGACUUCCAAAUUUAAUGAUUUCACAGCAACUAGGACGUACCUUGGGACCAUGAAAAACCAGAUAUGCAAAAUUUCAAUGACUGAAUAUUUUGAACAUACCAUAGUUUUGUAGUAUUGAUUAAUAAUACGUUUGAAACAAUCUAAAAUUAAGAUGGAAUUUCUUAUUGGUGGUGCCGCAACAAUGGCAGCUUCUGUUUUUACAAAUCCCCUUGAAGUAGCCAAAACUCGUAUGCAACUACAAGGAGAAUUGAAAGCAAAAGGGCAAUACACUGUUCAUUAUAAAAAUCCUCUUCAUGCGGUGUAUACCAUAGCCAGAGUAGACGGAAUUGCAGCUUUACAAAAUGGUCUGGUUCCCGCUUUAUGGCAACAAUUAUUUCGAAAUGGUAUACGAUUGGGAAUUUAUCAAACUCUAUAUACGCAUGGUCUAACAACCGAUGAAAAUGGUAAAAAAAUAUUUUGGAAAACAAUGGCAGCUUCAUGUUUUGGGGCUGUUUGUGGUGCAUCUAUUUCUAGUCCGUUUUUUAUGAUUAAAACUCGCAUCCAAGCUCAAUCUUCCCAUAUAGCUGUAGGCUAUCAACAUAAGCAUGCAGGAAUGAUGAGUGCACUCUAUGAAGUUUUUAAACAAAAUGGAAUCAAAGGCUUAUACCAAGGUGUGGGAGCUGCUAUUCCCCGUGCAGCAUUUGGUGGUACAGCGCAAGUAACAACUUUUGCAAUGACUAAGGAUUGGAUGAAUGAGAAAAAUUUGUAUGCAAAGCAUCCUUUAUUUCAAAGUUUCCUUGCUUCCAUGUUAAGUGGAAUUAUUGUUUGUUUGGUAAUGCAACCGUUCGAUGUUGUAUCAACAAGAUUGUACAAUCAAGGUGUGGACGCUCAUGGCAGAGGUUUGUUGUAUAUAAAUUUUUUUGAUUGCUGUAAGAAAAUUUGGAAAAGCGAAGGACUAAAUGGUUUUUAUAAAGGUACAGGAUUAAGUUAUUUCAGAUUAGCGCCUCACACAGUAUUAUGUUUAGUAUUUUGGGAUGAACUCAAUAAGUUGCAUGAAAAAUAUAAAACGAAAAAUUUAAACAUUAUUUAGUAGGUACUAAUUUAUUGUAUGAGUUGUUGUAAAAUGAUGUAUAUAAACCAGAACUGGAAAAAAGUUAUUUAAUAAUAUCUAUACAAAAUAUGUAUCUAGAUAAAAAUACAGAUAUAUUAUCUGUAGUAUAAGUAAAUAUUUGUAAAAUAUAAAAUUAUAUUUAUGCGACUAAGCGUAUGUUUUUAUAGUACUAAAUUUUUGUAUUAUUAUAAUAUAAGUGAGGUAGAAAAAUUAGCCGCAGACGUUGAAAGUUGCAAUAAAGACAAGACGUAUAAUCGUA